AUGCAUGCAGAAUGUAUGCUUUGGCGUAAGAAAAAACAGACCAACGUGUCUGAUGUUGAGCGUGACUCGGAUAUGGGUGGAAUAUCACAGCCAGCCUCGAGCAAUGUACCGAGUGCCGGAGGAUCAGUAAAUCUGGCCACUGAAGGGACAAAUGUUCCAGUACUCACAAAUGCUUUAGAUGACGGAAUGGGAGCUGGUGCUCUAGUCGCUCUACCCCCGGCAAAUGAUACAACACCGCCGAGAUUUCAGUUAAAGCGAUGGAGCGCGUGUGUCUAUUGGUCUUGGGAUGUAAUGCAUGACACAUGUGUGAUUUGUCGCAAUGCUAUGAUGAGUUUAUGUAAGUUUCUGGUUGUAGCAUCUGAGAAAAGUAGGAAUGAAAUCUACGUAGUUUAG